AUGGAUGGAAUAUCAGAUGACAGAACUGAAAGAGCUCAAGUAGAGUCACUAAUAAAGCAGAUUAUUACUUUGGAGGAAGACAUGUAUAAGGUACAGGAGGAAAACAGAGCACUAAAAGAGAGCAUUAUUGCUUCUAACAGAAAUAUUUCAGAUGAAAUAAUACGCGCACUAACACAGGAAAUAUCGAAUUUGCGGCAGGACAUAUUAAAUAAGCCGGAGGCCAAACCAACCAUUGGAUGCGUGUCAUGCGCAUCCACUAUAUCUACAAUUAAAACAGUGCCGAACGAGUUUAAAAAGAUGCUAUACAAUAUAGAGCAAGAAAUUAGCCGGGUUCUAACCAUUGCAUACUCUCAAAGCAGCACGAUUCAAGAAAAGAAUAAGCAAUUAGAGCUGUAUGCACAGAUAAAUGCCAAAUUAAUGCACAUAAAGGACCAUUAUAUGAAGUCAAGAAAUCUUUAAAUGAUUCUGGCUGCACGGGAUGUUUAGAUAAUAAAGGUAAAUGCCAC